UUCCCAGAACAAAAAAGGAACCUUGGAGAAGAGCGUGCAGUUCUACCCGGAUUCUUUUGUGAGACGGGAAAUAUGUUUGUUUUGCUCUCUGUCACUCUGUGUUUCAUUUGUUACCUUUUGUGUCUAAAAUUGAUAUAUAAUAGAUUUAAUCGACUGUGGCCGUCAUCAUGGAAUAACAUUUUACGUUCUUCAAGUCGAGCCAAAGGUGUAAACCUCCUGCCGAUACGUGAUCCGAUUGCUUUGACUUGUGAAAAUGACGCGCGGGUUCUGUUUGUCACCGCGCAUCCUGAUGACGAAUGCAUGUUUUUUGCUCCAGCGAUUAUAAAACUGACCGAAUUAAACGCGACAGUUUACCUGCUGUGCUUGUCAUCAGGGAAUUACUACAAUCAAGGGGCCCAGCGUAAAGAGGAACUGUUUAGCAGCUGUGCAGUUUUGGGAAUUCCAGCUCAUCGAGUCACUAUCAUUGACAACAAAGAGUUACAGGAUGACCCAAAGACUGAGUGGAGCAUCUCACUGACCGCACCACUGAUCCUUAAACACAUCACAACUUAUUCCAUUAACCUGGUGCUGACAUUUGAUGAGGGCGGAGUGAGCGGACAUGCCAAUCACAUCGCUAUCUACAAAUCACUCAGUCAUCUAGCAUUUGUUGGAAGACUACCUGAAGACUGCCAGGUCCUCUCCCUCCAUACAAUUAGCAUCCUCAGAAAGUAUCUGUCUAUAUUUGAGCUGCCGAUCAGUUGGCUCAUACCUUCGUCUUUCUUCUGCAUCUUAGGACCAAACGAAUACAAAAAAGCUAAGGAGGCAAUGUUGCAUCACCGUUCGCAGCUCCUCUGGUUCAGACACGUCUACAUUCUGUUAUCACGCUACAUGUACGUCAACACCUUUCGAGCCGUGCCCAUGGAAAAAAAGAAAGUGAGGUUCUACUAAAGGGAACGAUCUCUAAUAAAAGUGCGCUGUGACUUUCCAAACUAAAGCAUUCACUUAUUAGAAAUGUCCUCCAUGCACACAGAGAAAAUCUACUGAAAUUCUGCUUCAUUAUACUUGUUUCAUGUUCUAUAUUUUGUUACUUUAUUUUUUUUAAUGGCACUUUUACAGUUCACUGCUACAGUUUGAUUAUUCCUGGACUUUAAAGUCUUCUACUCUACAUAACUUGAUCAAGUAGACACAUACAGGCUGACACAUACAGCCGAACAUGUGGCAUCAGCGCAAUGCACAAAGUCAUGCAGAUACGGUUCAAGAGCUGCUCACAGGAAACUCUUGAGGCUGUUUUGUGUGAAAAUCCUAGCAGGUAAGCGGUUUCUGAAACCAGCUCAUCUGGUACCAGCAACCAUGCAAAGGUUAAAGUCACAGAAAACACAAAUAUUCUUCAUUCUACUGUUUGAUUUGAAAAUUUACUGAAGCUUUUGAUCUUCAUCUGUAUUGCUCUGAUGCCACAUGACUGAAAGAUUAGAUAACCGUAUUAAUGAGUAUUGUGUGUUGAAAGCACCUUAAAUCUGAGAUCUGUUUUUAACCAGCUUUAGACAAGAGUAAGAGUAAGACUUUGUGUACUGUACCAACGUUUUAUACCUGAAUAUGCUUUGUAAAUACUUUGUGUUCAUGUUAUUUCAUUCAAAUCCUAAGAUUUCAGAAUAGACAAGUUAAGAAAAACUUUGGACCACCUGGUGCUUAGUCAGAUAUUUUCUAUUGUAAAUAUGUGAUGUUGAUUAUUGUUGAUAAUAAAAUAAUAUUUCUUUGGA